AACAAGAAGUUUUCAAAAUGGUGCUUGAAAGCACUAUGGUCUGUGUGGACAACAGUGAGUACAUGAGAAAUGGGGACUUCCUACCCACGAGGCUACAAGCACAACAAGAUGCUGUCAACAUUGUCUGCCAUUCUAAAACGCGCAGCAACCCAGAGAACAAUGUGGGCCUCAUCACAAUGGCAAACAACUGUGAGGUCCUGACCACAUUGACCCCAGAUACUGGCCGCAUUCUGUCUAAACUUCAUGCUGUUCAGCCCCGUGGCAAGAUCUCAUUCUGUACAGGCAUCAGAGUGGCUCAUCUGGCCCUAAAACACAGACAGGGAAAAAACCACAAAAUGAGAAUCAUUGCCUUUGUGGGAAGUCCUGUGGAAGACAAUGAGAAAGAUCUUGUUAAAUUGUCAAAGCGCUUGAAAAAAGAGAAGGUGAAUGUCGAUAUCAUUAACUUUGGAGAAGAGGAGGUGAACACAGAGAAGCUGACUUCCUUCAUUAACACUCUCAAUGGUAAGGAGGGCACAGGCUCACACCUGGUCACUGUCCCUCCAGGACCUAGCCUUGCAGAUGCCCUUCUCUCAUCUCCCAUCUUAGCUGGUGAGGGAGGCUCCAUGAUGGGUCUGGGUGCCAGCGACUUUGAGUUUGGUGUGGAUCCCAGUGCUGAUCCAGAGCUUGCCUUGGCUUUGCGUGUGUCCAUGGAAGAGCAGAGACAGAGGCAAGAGGAGGAGGCCCGCAGAGCUGCUGCUGCCUCUGCCGCCGAGGCAGGCAUGCCGACUCCCACUGCAGAUGAGUCAGAAGAGGCCUUGCUGAAGAUGUCAGUGUCUCAACCUGAGACGGGUGCAGCAGUGCUUCCUGACUUCAGUAGCAUGACGGAGGAGGAGCAGAUAGCCUACGCAAUGCAGAUGUCGCUUGCAGGAGGAGAGUAUGGCGAUAUGGACACAGGAGCUCCCAUGGACACUGCAGAAUCAGCCAAGGAAGAAGAUGAUUAUGAUGUGAUGCAAGACCCAGAGUUCCUCCAGAGUGUUUUGGAGAACCUGCCAGGUGUGGACCCCAACAAUGAGGCAAUCCGCAAUGCCAUGGGCUCUCUGGCCUCUCAGACAGGGAGCAAGCCAGAUGGCAAAAAGGAUGAGGAGAAGAAGAAAUGACGAGACAGAGACAAAACAGUCAAGCAGAGUUGGACAGCAGAUAUGGAAUUGGACAAACAAACCGUUGCAGACUAAUACAGGAUUACCUUAAUACAAGAGGAGGUUGACGUUGCAUCACCUGACUGACCCAGCACCUGCAUGACAACAUUAAGACUGAUAUUUACUAUCAUCCUCACUUUGGAAGAUACUCAAAAGAACCAAUAAGUGAAAUCAAAAUGAUUAGAGUACUGAAUUACCAUUUAGAGUGUUGUAAGAUUUUAACUGCUCAGUAACAAUGGUUUUCAUUGAUAUUGUACGGGAUAACACGGGCUUACUCUUGACCUGCCUUUUGCCCUCCUUACUCUGCAAUUUAAUACAUUGUUUAAUUACUGAUUGAGAUAUCAAUGACUUGGAAAUUGGUUUGUAUUGUGAUGACAGGUUCUUACACCAAACAUUUAGCUGUUCUCCUGUCAUGUAUUUUUUUGUUUUCUUUUGCAAUAAAGAUAUG